GAAACGUGAUAUUGUGAAUGACACUGUGAAAGUUUCAAAGUUUUUGUUUUUGUUGUCAAAGUUUUUCAUUUUCUUUGUAAAUUGGUUAUACUAAUUUUUUGUACUUCUUUCGAGAAAUCCUACUCGGUGUGGCUUCACAAAUUACAGUGUCAAAACACUGAAAAAAGACUGCAAGCAAUGAAAGACGGAAAUGGUAUGGAACAACAACCACCUCCCUAUUCUCAAAUCUACCAGAUCGGUGGAAUGUCUGCUACCAGUUCAUCUGUUCCCGGUUAUCAGAAUCCGAAUAUGCCAGCUGUUCAUCAUGUGGGUGGCAUAGCGCAACACACGAUGGCGACACCCGUUUAUCCAUAUCCGCAACACCAAACCUUUAUAUCGGCUCAGCCAAUCGCUACGGCGCCGCCAAUGUAUGGAGCUACUGAGACUACAGUCGUUAACAUUCCAACCGAAAUUUUAGUAAUUGGUGGUUGUCCGGCUUGCAGAAUUGGUGUAUUGCAAGACGAUUUCUCGUGUUUGGGCAUUCUAUGUGCAAUUGUCUUCUUCCCAGUUGGAAUAUUAUGUUGUCUUGCACUGAAGAGCAAGCGAUGCUCAAACUGUGGCAUGGAAUAUUAAAGAAUUCGAUUUCUCUCAACUCUUUUUUUUUGUAAAUUGAAAUGUUAGUCUUUUUUUAUCAAUGAAAUGGUUCAGAAUAUGGAAAUAUUUUGCUAUAAUAUUAAAUAUUGAAUUCAGGAUUUUUUACAUGAAAAUCGAUCGAACAUGAUUAGCCAAAGGUGAAUUUGUUAAUAUGAUUGUGAUUGAAAUGUGGUCUUCACAUAAUAAUAUUUACAAUAAAAACUUCCAGAAAUUUAAAUAC